GUACUGUGUAACUGCUGCUAAAAGGCCACAGCUGUCUCCCUGGACACCAUCCCUAUGGCAACAAUUGUGUACUGCUAGCAGCUGGCCCACUCAGAUGAGUCUUCAUGAUGAUAUGGGCUGUCCCAGUGCAAAGAGGAACAACGUCUAAUCAAUAAUCACUAAUAGCCGUGUUGUCUCAGCUGACCCAGUAAUCUCCAUUUUAACUCCCUCUAAUCAAAGAUGCACAGACGUACCAGGGUUAAUAAUAGUCCAGUGUCGAGUAACACAAUUCAGCUGGAAUAAUAUUACCACCACCCACAGGAUAGACAGAAAAUUCACAUUGUUUUGACUCACAAGGCUGUGUUAACAACUGAUAUUAGACAGGGUGUGCUUUGGCUGAGCUUUCUAUUCUUUCCUUAAUUGAAUUUGUCUUUCAGAUGGCACAAGUUGUCUCUAUAUAACUACAUUAUCCUCUUUUUCCCAGUCCAUUUCCCAUUUCUUGUUACUUAAGUAAAACUGUUAAGAGCUAAAGCCAAGCACAGUAAGUUUUUAGAGGAAAUGGUUAGAAAAGAGGAAAACAGAUUUUAGUUUUUUUUUCUCCUGGUACCACUUACUGUACAUAAUGUGAACUAAUCUAUGAAAUGAGAGGGUCAUGCUUUGUAGACUUUGCUAGCUCAACAAGUAUUAGUAAAACAGUAAACCUGCUGUGUUUCUUUAUUUCACCCUUGAUUGACAGAUUUUAAUUUGAACAAUGCAAAUAUUUUAAUGUCAAAAUAAUCAUGAGAGAAACAAACUCAAGACUUGUAAAAAGCUAAUCUUUUUCUUAAAUAUGACAGUGUUUCCAUUAUAAAUAUUCAAACUGAAUCAGGGUUUAAAACCACACAGGAUCUCUUCCAAAUAAAUUAAUUUUCAACUAUAAUAAUUUCUUUAUUAAAGUUCUAUUAAUUAUUUUCUAAUAAAAUUUCCCUUCAAACUCUUUAAUGUGGGGUCUGGUGCCCAGCUAAGACUUUAGAGGAAAAAGGACACACUGCCACUGUAAUUAUUAGACCACAAAUUUUCAACAAUGACUUCCUUCUGAAAUGUGUCCAUUGUACCAUUAUUCUUUCACGUAACGAAACGUGAUGUAAAACAACAUUGUCAAACCAACAUUCAGUGUACUAUAUUAGAUGUACAGUGCAGUGCAACAACUCACACAGCCAGCAGUGAGAGCAUGCCUAGAGGAUUAGUUUGCCAGGGGUAGUGCUCGCUCGUACUGGUCCAUCAAGUCUCCCAUCUCUGAAUGUCUUUUAUGCUUUUUAUAUUUCUUUAAUAUUUCUUGGCAUUUUCAUCUCUCACGUUUCCUCUGUUUUGUCACUGUUCACUCGUUCUCCCAUAAAUUCCAAGUCUUCCCCUCCAUUUGUCUCUCACACACACACACACACACACACACACACACACACACACACACACACACACACACACACACACACUUACUUCCUGUCCUAACCUCUUUACUGCCCACUUCCAGGCAGAAAGGUUGACUGAGGCCACUGGUCUGGCCUGUGCAGCUUCAUGCCUGCAGUAAUCUAAGCAGAGUAGAUGUAUAUCAGGGAGGGUCAUGCCAGCCCAUAAUCAAAUUUCAGACAUUUUCACAGAGUUCAUUCCAGACACAAAUUUUGAAAUGAGUUAUACUUUCUUCCCGGUAGUGAUUGGAUCAUAUUUAAAUGAUAACACCAGUGUCAUUUAAAUUUUCUGUAUGAUUAUUAUUACUUAGGAACCAUCCAAACCCACUCAGAGGCUGCUGCGGUCUGAUCUACCCAGGUUUCCCUUACUGAUCCUGAAAGGCGUAGUAUGUUUCAUGCAAAGUAUUUUCAUUUCUACCGUUACUGUACACUUAACCUUCAGUUCCAACCAUAUGGAACUACUCAUUAUGACCUUAUUAAGUCAUUUACAGUAUAUACUGUAUAGUCAUAGAUUGUUCAUGCUGCACUUCAGUGGCAAUUGCUCUUAAUCCACAUAACCACAAUUAAUAAUGUACCUCACAGUGCUACCUCCUAGGCAACCACUGCUUUCAGUCGUUAUUGAAUUGUGCUGGCUAUAGAAAUAGCAGACAGAAAAAAAAAAAAAAAAAAAAAACUUGAACAAGGGCAAAAUUGUGUUCUUCUGAAAGAAACAGAGAUGGAUAGUUACAUAAAUGCUGACCAUUACCUUGGUGUCAGAAUAUACACUGACAAAAAUAUUUGAAAAAAAUUUGUGGUCCAUGGUGUUAGGAGCACUGAAUCAUAUUACCCUUAAAACUGGAAGGGAAAACAAAUUCUGUUGCAUCAGAAGGAAAAUGUGCUAAAAAUAUUGCACUGUCAAAAUGUAGGGCCCUCCUGGAUUAAUUGAAAAUCCCCUUAACCGGAUUAAAUCAUUUUUGGGGUUAUCUGUGAUAUACCCAUAUUCACACUCACACAUACACAUGAAGGGACACGCAUGAGCCCCCACACAUAAGCUGAUUUCAAUAUGAUAUAAUUACUCAUUGUGACAAGGCAGUGUAGGCAGUGUGAUAGCAAGUGUGUUCUGUGUUGUAGUUAAAGGCUAAAAGCUGUGAAACUGCGAGGAUUAGAGUUGGAACAGAUAGAAAAUGGAAUAAUUGGUCGCAUGGGGAUAAAAUUUAGCUUCAUUUUAUGCAUGUGGAAUUUAAUGCAAAAAAACAUUUUUGGAUUUUGUUUCAGUAAACUUUACAUAAAAGCACCUCAGUAAAAUAUCAGUAUCUCAGCAGGGGUUUUAUAAGUCUACAAACGUCAGGUAAAAAUUACAGAACUGGUACAAGUGUUAAAGACUCUCUCCACCUUUAGCCUGGAAUGGUGGCUGUAAAAUGGUUGUAGUGCACUUCAUAAUGAAGAAAGAAGGCUGUGGUUUCUUUGGAUUCAUAGCAGUUACAGUAGAUGUUUUAUUAGCCAGGACUACAAUGUCUACAUUGGACUGCAAUGUUGAACAGUUGGUCAGCCUGCCACUUUGGUCCAGACUGAAAUCUGAGAGAGAUCAGAAUGAUCCCCUGACCCUUCCUCUAGCGCCGUCAUGAGGUUACACUGUUUGUUUGGAUAAAAUUUUAGUUUAGCUAACAUGCUAAACUAAGAUGGUGAAUAUGGUAAACAUAUCUGCUAAACAUCUGCAUUUUAACACUGUCAUUGUGAGCAUGGUAGAAUCCACACAAAAAGGCUGAAGAAACUCCCCUUUCUCCCACGUUGAUCUGUAUGUUCAGCAGGUUCCCACAAAAAUAUCAGUAAACGUGCUGGCUCUACCCGUGUGUGUAUUUGAUGCCCAAACAAAAUUAAAAUUGCAAUAGAGAUUUUGACAGUUCCCAAAUAACUAAAGUGGUGUUACAGAAUGCAGCUCAAACUAUCACUUUUAGUUCUGUGCUGAGAUCCCUUACUUGAUGAGAGUGAAAGUAUCUGUUAUAUAACAGAUUGAAAAGGAUAUUUACACAUCAAAUUUUAUACUACGUCAAUGACAUUGCUGCAGAUAUACAACAGUUUAAAUGCACAAACAUUGAUACAUUUAAAUUGUGUCACUACCAGUUCAACAACUAUACUUCCUAAAAUGUAUUAGAUGUGUCAGCAAACAGCAUCAUACUCCAACUGCAAACAAAUACCUUGUUACUUUAAUUAUACAGUAAAUUAAAGUGAUCAGGACCACUCUAAAGGGUAGUGUGACCCAAAUUAUAGUUAAAAAAACAAAACACUGUUACACAAAUAUUACACACUCAUCCAAAUUGUCCUCCUUGCAAUAAUCAGAUGGCAGGCCUUUGCAGUGAUUAAUACAAAACUUACCAGAUAAACUUAUAUCCUAUUUAUUAAUAUCAGCAGCAUCAUUAUCAGAUGUGUGUAUGUUAGUGAGAAAGCGUAAGUGGCAUCAAUCAAGACCUUGUUCAAUUAGUGUCACAGCUUAAGACAUGAAUUGCAGAGCAAAGGGAAAGGAGGGCGGGUCUGUGAAAUGACAGCAGCCAGCAUCAUGCAGGCUGCUGUCAUUUCACUCAAUUUGGCGGACAGGCAAAAGGUCCAGACUGUGGUUAUACAGGGCAGCCUUCCAAUAAACCAUCCUUAUUUGUACCCCAGACUCCAAGAUGUCUGUUCCCCAUUGGCAGUGAUACCUUUUCGCAUAACAGUAGCCUACUGAUGUAGCUGAUGGUUGUAACAGUGGAGCUGGCUGAUUAAUUCAACAGAGUGGAUUUCCGCAGCUCGCUGCACACGCGUACAGCGCAAGAGAGAAAGGGGGAAAUUGAGCAGAGGAAGAGAGAGAGAGCGUGUUAGAGAAAAGGAGAAAAUGAUGGAGGAAGGGUGUUAAGGAGGAGGGUCUUCGGGGGUGGGGAGAGAGUGAGAGGAAUGGGAGAAUAGGAAAGAGAGAGUGUGUGUGUGUGGAGAGGGGGCGGAGGAAAGAGAGGAAGAGAAGGAGAGAGAGAGAGAGAGAGAGAGAGAGAGAGAGAGAGAGACACACACACACACGCAGGCCCCGGAGCUGCUACUGAUGCUGCUGCUGCUGCUGCUGCUGCUGCUGCAGCCGUUUGACAAUUCCCCACCCAGAGAGAGCAGGGAAGAAGGGAGGAGAUCAGAGCAAGGAGGAAGAAGGAGUAAGCGACACCUCAGUCAAGAUGCUCCUGUGCUAGCCAACACACACGAAAGCAAAGCUCCAUGCUGCCUUGCAGGAGAAAAAUCGUCUGAACCUUGAGCUGAUUAACCACCACCUGAAGGCAUCGAAAUAUGACCAGGUGCGAUCAGACUAUGACCAGCUGAGACAGACCUUUGCUGUAGUGAGCCAGGAGAGAGACGUGGCCCAGCGGCAGAGGAGCCAACUGCAAGGCAAAGUGGAGAACCUGGAACAGGUUCUAAAGCAUAUGCACGAGGCUGUAGAGCUGAAGCAGCAGCUGCAGAUAGAGCAUGAGCAAUCCUUGGUGGCCCUUCACACCAAACAGAAGGAGAUCAAUCAAUUGCAUAAGGCUCGGGUGCAAGCUGACCAAGAGCAUGAGGAAGCAGUAUACCUGUUAGAGGUCAAGGUUCGUGACCUGGAGCAGAAAUGCAGGUCACAGAGUGAACACUUCCACCAGCUGUCCAAAGAGUUGCUGAAUUUUCGUUUGCAAUCAGAUACUGUGGACAUCCUUAAAAUUAAUCCCACCUCCACAUCUCAGAUCCCCCUCUCACUACACAAGAAACUCCCACAGGUCAUCGUUGGAUUUGAAGGCCAACCGGAGACAGGCGAUGAGAGCACGGCAAACACGCCGCUACUGAUCUCCCAGUUCUUGCCCUGCAUGCCGGAGACUGGAGACAGAGAAGGACCAGAACUGCUGUCUGUCAAAUCCAGCACCGUGACAACGGACCACCCCAGCACCCCUCGACAGCGAACCUCAUCAGAGAUGGAGGAUGAGGCCAGCCCAUCACCCAGGUCCAAGCCUCGCUACACAGGCCAGGUCCGCCUUUGCACUGCCCGCUACAGUUAUAACCCUUACGAUGGACCAAACGAGCAUCCUGAAGCAGAACUCCCCCUUGUGGCCGGAAAGUAUCUGUACGUGUAUGGAAACAUGGAUGAUGAUGGCUUCUAUGAAGGGGAGCUGCUGGAUGGCCAGCGAGGACUUGUCCCUUCCAACUUCGUGGAGUUUGUCCAGGACAAGGAAAAACCAGCAAUUCAGGCUGGGGAGGGAGGAGAAACCCUGGGCCCACUGGACCAUACACCCAUGGCCUUGAUGGCAGUGGAUGGAGGUGCCUCCCAGGAUGGCCUCCUGGGUUCAGCUAAUGCCUUGGUUCCCUGUAGCAAUGGGACAGGGGGGCCCCUUGACCCUGAGGACCUGGCUGAAAAUGUUGUGCCUUAUCCCCGAAAGAUCACCUUGAUCAAGCAGCUGGCACGGAGCGUCAUUGUGGCCUGGGAGCCUCCACUAGUGCCUUUGGGCUGGGGGAACAUCUCUGGCUACAACGUGUUAGUAGAUGGGGAACUUCGUGCUAGUAUACAGUACGGUGGCCGGACCAAGUGUUUGCUGGAGAAGCUGGACCUGGACGGUUGCGUUCAUCGCGUAUCCGUGCAGUGCAUCACUGACCGGGGCUUGUCAGACGAGCUGCGGUGCACCUUGCUGGUGGGAGCCAAUGUGGUGGUCGCACCGUGCGGUCUGCGAGUCGAUGACAUCCAGCGUGACACUGCCGAGCUCUCCUGGUUGCCUAGUAACAGUAACUAUGGUCACACCGUGUUCUUGGAUGGGGUAGAGCACGCGGUGAUUAAGCCAGGAAGGUAUAGACUACGCUUCCUCAACCUGAAGCCCCUGACGGUGUACAAAGUGACAGUGGUGGCACAGCCGCACCAGGUGCCAUGGCAACUGCCACUGGAGCAGAGAGAGAGGAAGGAAGCUGGUGUGGAGUUCUGCACUCAGGCUGCAGGUCCAACACCAUAUUGCAGAACAGGCCCUCCACUGCCUCCCCAGGAUGUACAGGUGCUCUGUGGGCAGGCUCCAGGGGUCCUACAGGUCUGCUGGAAGCCACCAAUCCUCUCUCCCACAGGCACAUCUAAUGGUGCAAAUGUCAUUGGCUACGCAGUAUGCACUAAAGGACAGAGGAUAGCUGAGGUGUUGUACCCAAUGGCAGACUAUGUUACCGUCGAGCUGACAAGGAUUCAGUGCCUGGAGGCCAGGGAGGUCAUCGUCAGGACGCUGUCAGUACAGGGAGAAUCCCAGGACUCCCAAGUCGCCGUCAUUCCAAACAACCUGCUUGUGCCUCUACCUCCGCUUCCCCUGCCACCCCCAAUGCACCCCCACGCAGGCCCCCCUCCACAUCCCCAUGCUCAACCCCACGUCCAAUCCCCUCAUCUUCCUCAUGCCACGCCCCAACUUCCUGCUCCACCCCAGGCACAUGGACAACCACUCCCGCCCCAUCCUCCCCACCCUCAACCCCAUCCCAGACUUCCCCAUCCAGGUGGACCACCGCAACCCCAGCUUCGACCCCCACAUCCUCAGCCCCAGCCACUACAUCUUCAGCCUCGUCCACCCCACCAAGGUCCCAGGCCCCAGCACCAACUGCCUCUGCUACCCCACCCCCAGCCCCACCCUAUACCUCAGAGACCAGUAAGUGCCAGAGACCUGGAUGCCAAAGAGCAUGCGGCCCACCACGGGGGAGCUAUUCCACCUGGCCAGCCCGGUUGGGACCCCUCGCGCUCUCCCUCUUCCCAGCCUCCUGUGCCCAUGCAAGGCCACACCCUUGAGGCCCCUCCCUCUGCCAAUCCACGCUCCCCCUCCCCGCAGAGGAUUCUACCACAGCCCAGAGGCACGCUUAUUCCGGACACCGUGGCCAAAGCCAUUGCCCGAGAGGCAGCGCAGAGGGUGGCAGCAGAAAGUGGCAAGGGGGAGAGGAGGCAGGGCAGGUACGGAGAGCAGGGUCAUUCAUUUCACCAGCAUCACUCUGACGAGGAAGAGGAAGAUGAGGAAGGGUUUGCACGCGGCCGUCGGAGAGGACCCUCAGUAGAUGAGUUCCUCAGAGGCUCUGAGUUGGGGAGGCCGCCUCACUAUAGUCACAAUGAAGAUUAUCACAGCGAAAGCAGCCGGGGCUCUGACCUGUCUGACAUCAUGGAAGAGGAUGAGGAGGAGCUGUACUCUGAGAUGCAGCUGGAAGAGGGACGUCGACGCAACUCGCACAACACACCUAAGACAAACACUCCGGCUGGAGGCGGCCAUGACCGGGAACCUGGGAGAAGAAUCCAUCAUGGCGGUCCCCAACCUCAGAGGCGACCUCUAAUGGUCCCUUCCAUUGAGGUAACCUCUGAGAAUAACAGUGAGGGAAACCUCUCCCCCAUCACCGAGGAUGUUUACUAUGGCAGAGUAGCUCGGCACAGGACACGGUCAUCCCGCAGGCACAUGGGCGGCACCAGGUCUCCCCAUGAUGGAUACAGGGAUCGGGAUCGCCGCUCUCCUACAUACUACGAUGAGUCAGAGCCCGAGGAGUCCUUCCGGAUCUUUGUGGCCCUGUUUGACUACGACCCCCUGUCCAUGUCCCCUAACCCAGAUGCAGCUGAUGAGGAGCUGCCGUUCAAAGAGGGGCAGAUCAUUAGGGUGUACGGUGAUAAAGACACAGAUGGGUUUUACAGAGGUGAAGUGAGAGGCAGGAUGGGGCUGAUCCCCUGUAACAUGGUGUCAGAGAUUCGAGCGGAGGACGAUGAGACCAUGGACCAGCUCAUCAAACAGGGCUUCCUGCCACUCAGCACCCCUGUGGACAGAAUAGAGCAGAACAGAAGAGGCCUCCGUCGAGAUCAGGCCUCGAGGAGGAUGGUGGCUCUGUAUGACUACGACCCCCGAGAGAGCUCCCCAAAUGUUGAUGUCGAGGCUGAGCUGACCUUCUGUGCUGGUGACAUCAUCGCUGUGUUUGGAGAUAUCGAUGAAGAUGGGUUCUAUUAUGGUGAGAUCAACGGCCACCGUGGUCUGGUUCCCUCUAACUUCCUGGAAGAAGUGCCUGAUGACGUGGAGGUGUAUCUGACCGAUACUCCGUCCCACUACCCCCAGGAAGAGCCUGCUAACCGGCCCCCUGCCAACUCUGCCGCCAGCGUCUCAGAGGGCAAACGGGUUACCACAGAAACCACAGACACGGCCGACACCGACGCCCCACCCGUGCGAGCCCCGUCCCCAAUUGUUCGCCCCCUCCUGCCGGGCACCAUGAGGCCCCUCAGCCCUUCGAGGGCCCCGCACGUCUCGCUGGACCCCCGGGACCCACAAGACCUGGCAAACAAGAAGAAGAAAGGACUACUUUCCAAGGGGAAGAAACUGCUGAAGAGACUCUCCCCUGUGAAAUAAAAACACACAAAGAAACAAAGAAAAGAAAAAAGCAUAAAUGUACAAUAUGUGCACAUGCCGGGCUCUGUAUAUUGCAUCCAUACAAUCAACUCUGAUCCAACACCACGUGACAGAGAGGAUGUGAGCUUCGUCUCCGGGACUGCGUGAGCCUAUUUGAAUAUAACCAGUGAUACAAUUAUUCAUGUUCAGUGAUGGAUACAAAUCAACUAAAUAAUGUACAGUGCAGUGCCAAAAUCAAGAGACCUGCAGACACAAAAACAUAUUACUGUGAUGUAUUUUAAAUCAAGGGAUGAUUAAAAAAAAAACAACAACAACAAAACAAAAAAAUAAAAAUAAAAAUAAAACUAGGAUUUUCAUGACAUGUAUUUUUCUCUUUUCUGUAUCAUUAGUCGAAAAAAGAAAAACUUUACAUUUAUUUCAAGCAGGGUAGCUGUGAAAACAAAGCAUCUGGUUACAUAUAAGUUUCCAACAGGCUUUUUUCAGCCAAAAACAAAACAAAACAAACAAAAAAAACAACAACAAAAACAUCACUUUUUCUGGAGUAUUGAUGUCACCACAAGGAAACAGACCUCAUACUCCUCUAAGAAAAUCUCUAAUAGACUACACUGUUAUUGAGGCAUUCUGUGAAGUAAUGCUGGCUGCUAUAACACAAAGGCUUUAUUCAGUGCAAUAUCAUAGAGGUGGUAGCAUAUGGUGGGGAGAAGAGAAACAUUUCCGCUUGUACCUGUGAUUCAGCAGAGGGGGAGUUUUCUGAUGAAGAAAGGAACAACAAAACAAUAGCUGAUCGGCAACAGGGCAUUAACGUCAGAAACACCAGGCGAGCUUAGCUGUCUCAGUGGCCUUUACGAAAAACAAUAUGAGCAUGACAUUCCUCGUUUGAAUACAAGGCCGAUUUACACCAGGUUUUUUUUUUCUUCUUCUUCUUUUAUUUUUAAAUUUUUUUGAUGAGGGUUCGCUUGAGCUUUGUCACUUUUGAGAAUUAAGUAAGAGCAGAGAUGUUUGCUGUCCUCGCUGUCAAACUGUCAUGAAACGCCUAGUUCAAGACAAAAUUUUGUGUCUGUCUUCCUAUUGCACAAAGGUGGGUGUUUUUGUCUGAUGGUUGGUGAAAGACACGUUUUGUGUGCCUGUGCGUACGUGUGUGUGUGUGAGAGUGUGUGUGUGUGUGUGUGUGUGUAUAAGGCAGUAUGUGACGCAUUCAUGUUUUGCACCUUUCAUGUUUCUUGUUCACUAAUUUUUUUUUUUUUUUUUUUUUUUCUGACGGAGAGGCCAUGUAGUUAUUGGUCCUGUGAUCUCGUGAUGUGCUGCUACCUCCAUUGCCUGUGCACUGUUCAGUUCUGUUGUCUCAUGUUGAUAUGGAGGGCCGAUGCUAAAAGCCUCAUAGAAACUACAAACCACACUGGCAAGGCGUGGAUUGUUCUCUGGUUCUGUUGCAUGUACCUGAGGUCUGUGCAGACAAAUACUAACUUAUUUAACUUGAGUAUACAUUUUGUAUGGUAACAUUUAUGCUCGACAUGACUUGUACUAUAAGGACUAUACCAUACAAAGUUAACAUGUUACACAGCUUAUAUAGGGAAUGUGGUACAGAACAGAUUUUCUUAUUUUAUUCCUAUGAUCUUGGAUAACUUAAGAAUUGUGUGCUGUAGUGCACUGUGCUCUGAUUAGUGAUUCCACUAUGCUGUUGUUGCUCCAUUUAGUUUGUUGACUCGCUGAAUGUUUUAUAUAUUUAACCAACCACCAAAAAAACAAACCUAUUUGCAUAAUGCCACAAAAAAAAACAAUUGGAGCAGAAUAUGCGAUCAGAUCAGCAGAGAUGAUGUAAUAUUCAGCACUGUCUCUUAAAUCAGUUUUUCAUUCGAUUUAAUGUCAGUGUAAAAGCUCCAAAAAUGACAGAUCAGGCUGCACUGAGUGUGAAGCUGAAUCUAAAUUUAAGUGUCUGUGUGAUUAGUGACACUGACUGUCAGCAUUUCACUCUCCCAGUUUUUCCAAAUGUUAGUUGCUUCUACUUUGUUUGAAAGUCUUAAAAAUAUUCAGCUCCAAUUUGGUUGAAUAAACUUUAUUUGAAUUCUUACAUUCAGCACGAAUUUGCAACUUGUGUGUCCCACUACAGCCAGGAUUUCACAUUCAACUGCUGAAAAAAACUGAGAGGUUCAGGAGAUCCUUUGUUCCCACUGCCAUCAGGCUAUACAACACCCCAGCCAAAGGAAGUGGACUCAUUUAAUUAUUAUUGUUUAUUUAUUGAUUAUUGUUAUUAUUACUAUGACCGAUAAGCUACUGAACACAUGAACUUCCCCUAGGGGAUAAAUAAUAUCUAUCUAUCUAUAUCUAUCUAUUUAUCUGAAGUGUUCUGAUGGUUCUGACAGCCAGAGUACAUUGGACAAACACUGGAAAACCUGCAGCUGGAGACUUAAUCCAAUUCUGUGUGGAAGCCUUGAUGUGACGGAAAAAACAAACAAAAAAGGUUAUUUUUUUUUUUUUAAUUUACAUGCAAACUGCAAUGCUGACCUUCAGUCUCACUGAUCAAAUAUAGUCACAGCACAUAAUAUAUAUUCAUCUAUAGUAGAUAAAGCACAACUUGCUCACCCCUUUUUGGGCUUUCAAUGAGACAGCUGUUAUCUUUGUUAAUUAUGCAAGAUCAUGGGAAUACUAUUUUAAAUAUUAACUUGUAUUACUGAGAGGAAGAGUCUACAUACUGUACCAACAUUUCGUGUGGUGUGGCGGUGAAUAAAAGCACUCAAGAACUCAAUAACGAACAGGAGGGAUAGCUUUAAUAAUUUAAAUAUUCUCUCUGUUUAGUUUUGAAUGUCCAUUUUAUCCUGUUAAUCUCCAGUUGUCCUUUAUGUCAAGUUGCACUUGAAGAUUGAGUCAGGUAUGAGUUUAUUGUAUGAAAUAAUUUGUCAAUAUUAUUGAUGAAAUGACAGUGACAAGAGAGGGUUGCCAAAAUGGAAUGUAGGACGAGUUCAGAAAUCGGUUUACACUGAUUAUUUUUGUUCCAAAGCUGUUUAUGUAUAAUUUCUCAUUCAGUCUUUCAUGCAGUUGAACUAAUAUGGUGUCCCAAUACCAAAUCAUUCUCUUGUGAAUGGGUGUAGUGUCUCUUAACACUGUAGCUCUUUUGUACUUUGAUCCAUUUGUAGGUAAUUUAUAAAUGUUUCUACUUGAUUUUACGACAGCCUUUUUUUUAGUGCACUGAGAUUUCCUCUCCCUGUAAAAGACUGCAAGCAUUCUCCAUAGUGUCCUUUGAAAUCAGAUGUAUCAGUCCACCGUAUGUGCUUGCUUUGUGAAUCAAAGUUAAAAAAAAAAAAAGAAAAAAAAAAGAAAAGAAAAGAAAAAAGAGAAAUCAUUGGACAGUAUUUAUGGUGAUUAAUUAUGUGUGGGUGUGCAUGUGAAAAAUACAACUUUUAUAUCUAAAUUAAAUUUGAUAUUUUUUAGAAAA